GGCCGGUGCGGUUAGUGGCUGGUAGUCGACGGCCACCUCUUCGCGCGUGCACUGCAACGACAUGGCCUCCGCCACUGUGCGUUUCGCGUGUGUCGCUGUGGCGGCACUGGCAGCCUCCAGGGCGGUCGGCGCCUUCCCCGGCAGGGCCGGCGCCGCGUCGCUGUGGUGCCCGGAGGCAUCGGUGGCUGACGGCCUGGAGCCCGUGCUGCAGCGUCUGGUGGCGGAGGGCCCGCACGCGUACGGCGACUCCGGCGUCCCGGAGAACACGCCGCCGCCCUGGUACGACCGGAAGCGCUUCGCCGCCGGACAGCGCCUUACGGAGAUCUACCCAGUGGGCAUCACGUACGCGCACAUCCAGGCCCUGUACAUGGUGAUGGCCGUGCCCUCCGUGCUGGACGUGCUUGUCUACACCGGCAACUCGGACACCCCCGACGAGGCGUGGGACAGGUACUACGACACGGUGGCGGGUGUGGGCUCGUGGUACUCGUCGGACAUUUACGAGCCCGGCACGUGGGGCUACGAGCAGAUGAAGCGUGUCCGCGGCCUCCACCGGAUGGUGCGCCUGGACAUGAACGAGAGACCGGACCAGGAGGGCGUCCGGAACCGCACCCGCCUCGGCGGCAACUUCUCAGGCUGCCCCGCCAGCGCGGCCGUGCGCCGCGACCUCGAUGAGGUGGCGAGCUCCGCGUGCCCCUUCCGAAAGCGCUCGCCUUCCGCCGUGGACAACACCAUCGACAACAAGCAGGACAACGAGAAGCCCAAAUCGUGGAUGAGCCAGUACGACAUGGCGAUGACCCAGUGGGCCUUCGUUGCUCCCGUGAUCCUGUUCCCGGAGAAGUACGGCCUGGCCAACGCCACCGAGGAGCUCCUGGACGGAUUCGUACACAUGUGGGAGACCAUCGGCUACUCCCUGGGCAUCGAGGACAAGUUCAACAUGUGCCAGGGUGGGCUGAACGCCACGCUGCUGCGCGCGCGCCAGGCGAUGGCCACCAUCGUGCUGCCGCAGAUGCGGCAGGCGCGGCCGCCCUGGGAAUACAUGGCGCGCUGCAUGGCGGACGGCUUGGCCUACUUCAUCCCGGGCGCCGACUUCAACAGCCAGCUGGAGAUCAUGCUGCGCGACACCCUGGACGCCCCCGUGCCCUCCGUCACGGCGCUGCUCAGCCCGCUGCAGAGGGAGUCCGUCAAGGGGUACCGCGGCAUCAUGGAGGCCAUGAGGCACGACCGCGAGAACUGGUUCUUCAGACCCGUCUCGUCGGCCGCCUACUACAUCCUCAAGACCAGAGCGAGGCUCAUCCCGAAGGACGGCAUCAAGCUGCUCCGCCACCGCAACCCGCACCGCUCCAAGGACUGCUUCGCAGAAAUCCGCUCUUGACCCUCGUCCGCUUGAUGAAGACACACGGCAUCCACGGCAUCGUCGCUCGCCAUUGGUCCGGAAUGGUCUGCAGACAAGUUCGCGCAUGGCUCGCGUCGCCCUGAUUGGCCGAUUGUGAGUCCUUUGCCCGGAGUCCCGGAGGCCUGCGGCUGCGCACGGCCCUUCGACCCUCGGUCCGUCCGAAUGGGACAUGGGCAAGAGGGCUCCGGCUCAUGGUCCGAGUCCGGCCAGGCAGACCACCGCCCGGCCCGGCCGGCCCCCAACGGAGCCUCGUCAAUGGCCUCUUCGUGAUGGACUCGGGGACAGCCCCUCGUCAUGGCUCUAGUUAGGGCCCCGCUGGCCCUUCUUGGGGCUGGCCCUAGCUGGCUUGGCCCUCAGCAGCGGAGCAGAGCCCUAAACGAUUACUCCGCAUGCCCUUGACAAGGGUUCCUUUUAUUUCCAGAACUCGUGUGUCGUGGAUGUGUUUGUGUGUGUCCACCAGACACGGUCUAACUACGCGCAUUGAAAAUGAAAUAACCGUGGUUCGUGGAGGAAACGGGAGGAGAUCGAAGGAGAGGAAGGGAAUCUUGCACUUGCAUGAAGUGGGGUGUGUAGUCUGGUUGCUAUUACUGUGUACCCCUCGGGUGGGAUGUGUGUUUUACUUGUUUUGAAUUAAAACGUAUCUAUGACUGUUUUUUA